AUAUUGUUUGUAUUGUCUGUAGUAUUUCUCAUAAAUGAGUGCAUUAACAUAUGUAUUCGUCGUAAAUGCGGUUCUUGCGUCUUUUAUAGCUGAAUCAAACAUACAAGAAAAGAAUCUCUCCUCUAAAUUACCACAAUUUAAGGAGAAGAACGUUCCUAACGAAUAUAUUGUGACCUACCAUUCAAAAUACUAUACGCAAGUUAGGAAUUCAUUUAUUUCAAAGAGGCUAAUAAGAGGAAAUGUGUUAAAAUGGUCAAUUAUAUCCCGUUAUAACUUAGCUAGUCAUUACCCAAGUGAUUUCGACAUUUUGCAUAUAUCGGAUACAAAUUACACUUUAAUUGAACAAACACUCAGCUUUAUCAGAGCCCACCCCGCUGUUAAAGGAGUUUCUCGUCAUCAUUAUGUUCAAAGACUUUUAUCAUACAAUAACACACACAGCACCACAUACAAUAUUCGCCAUCCUCAAGGAGUUGCGCGGGAUAAGUACGCGAAGUCCGGGCAGCAGCAGCAUGUGGCUGCCUCCUUAUAUGCGGACGUUCUUUGGAAACUUGGAAUUACGGGGAAGGGUGUUAAAGUUGCAAUUUUUGAUACCGGCCUAACUCAAAAUCAUCCCCAUUUUCGAAACGUCAAGGAGCGAACGAAUUGGACAAAUGAGAAAUCUUCUGAAGAUGGCGUGAGCCAUGGGACGUUCGUUGCAGGUGUAAUAGCUUCUUCAAAGGAGUGCCUUGGAUUAGCUCCAGAUGCUGAGUUGCAUAUAUAUAAAGUUUUCACGAACUCUCAGGUAUCUUAUACUUCGUGGUUUUUAGAUGCUUUCAAUUAUGCCAUUUACAAAAAAGUGAAUAUUAUCAAUUUAAGCAUUGGAGGGCCAGAUUUUAUGGACUCCCCAUUCGUCGAUAAAGUUCUAGAACUAUCAGCAAAUAAUAUAAUAAUGAUAUCGGCCGCUGGAAAUGAUGGUCCCAUAUACGGAACUCUGAAUAACCCGGGUGACCAAAGCGAUGUUAUCGGCGUUGGAAGUAUUAAUUUUGACAAUCAAAUCGCCAGAUUUAGUUCUCGAGGAAUGACAACCUGGGAACUUCCUGUUGGUUAUGGUAGAAUAGGGUUAGACAUUGUCACCUAUGGCAGUCAAGUUGAGGGAAGUGACGUACUCAAGGGAUGCAGAAGGUUAUCAGGAACUUCAGUCUCAUCGCCAGUUGUUGCAGGAGUCGCAGCUUUGCUCAGGAGUGGCGUUUCGCAUAAAAUAGAAUUAGUCAACCCGUCAUCCUUAAAACAAGUGCUUGUUGAAGGUGCUGAAAAGCUGGCGAAUUAUAAUAUUUUUGAGCAAGGUCAAGGGAAACUAAAUUUGUUAAAAAGUAUGCAGUUGUUACUAUCCUACAAGCCAAAAAUUAGUCUUAUCCCAUCUUCGAUCGAUUUCACAUCAAGUUAUAUGUGGCCUUAUAGUAGCCAACCACUCUUUUAUGGAAGCACUGCUGCGAUUGUAAACGUUACAAUUCUUAAUGGUAUAUCUGUAACUGGUAAAAUUAUUGGUCAACCGAGAUGGGUACCAGAUCCUCAUAAUUUUGGUCGGUACCUUAACAUUUCUACAUCUUUUUCAAUGACGCUUUGGCCUUGGACUGGAUGGAUGUCAGUUUACAUUGUUGUUAAUAGUGAAGCACAGAACUAUGAAGGUAUAGCUAAGGGACGUAUAAUAUUAUUGAUAGAUAGUUUCCCAAUUGGCACAAAUACGACUCUACGAAGGGAAGUAGAGUUGCAUCUGACAAUAAAAAUUACACCAAAGCCACCCCGGCACAAAAGAAUUCUGUGGGAUCAAUUUCAUAGUCUAAGAUAUCCACCAGGCUAUAUACCAAGAGACAAUUUAAAGAUUAAAACUGAUCCGCUCGAUUGGAGGGCAGAUCACAUUCAUACAAAUUUCCGUGACACAUAUAUUCAUUUGAGAAACUCUGGCUAUUAUAUCGACGUGUUAAGAGAACCGUAUACUUGCUUUAACCCCUAUGAAUAUGGAGUUUUAUUAAUCGUAGACCCUGAAGAAGAAUUCUAUGACGAAGAGAUAUCCUGUCUCGAAAAUUAUGUUUAUGAAAAUGGCUUAAGUGUUAUUAUAUUUGCGGAUUGGUAUAAUACCACGGUAAUGAGACACAUAAAAUUUUUUGAUGAGAACAGUAGACAAUGGUGGAUACCUGAUACUGGUGGAGCUAAUAUUCCAGCCCUGAACGAUCUUUUGAGACCUUUUAAUAUAUCUUUCGGUGAUUUUGUUGGUGAAGGGCACUUCAAAUUGGGAGACCAUUCAAUGUAUUAUGCAAGUGGAGCAACGCUUAAAACAUUUCCAAAUAAUCGAGAUGAUGUAGUUAUUGGAGCCAAUUUAAAUGAUCAAGGCGCAUCGAUUAUUACAAACGGAAAAUCACAAAAUAUGUAUGCGAAACAAUUUUUACCUAUAAUGGGAUUAUUUCAAACUAAUUCCAAAGAUCGGUUCUUUGAUAAAACUAAGAAUCGAAGGGACCCUCCAGCUAACGAAAGCAUUAAGGACUGGGAUGUUCCAUUUAAUCAUUCAAUUUUAGAAAAUCGAAAUUUGUUCAGUGAGACGCUCACAGGUCGUAUUGCAGUCUUUGGCGAUUCCAAUUGCUUAGAUUCCUCGCACAUGGAAAAAGCAUGCUUCUGGCUUUUAACAACCAUAUUGGAUUUUGCAAUGAAUUCUCAUAAAUCAAUGUUAUUAGACAAUUUGAAUCGAAUUUCAGAGUUUAGGGAAAUGAAGGAAACGGCUUUACCUAUCAGAAUGCCAGGUAGUAAUUUAAAAAAGUUUUCAUUGGUGGUCAGAUAUAAGAAGAAGCCUAUAUUGCAAUGCGAAAAACUGGAAUGGAUAGUGGCAACAACGUUAGCCAUCAGCCCAACGUUAGAACUGGAUGUCGAUAGAAUCGAAGGAAAUCAAAAUAAUAAUAUUAUUGCUAACUUGAAUACUGAGCUUGCCAAAAUAACUUGGAAUAAUGAUAAAUACGUUUCUGACCAAAUCGACAAUAAUAUUAAGAUAUCUGUUUUAUUUAUGAUAACACUCAGCUUAACUGUUAUUAUUGUUUUUAUAUUAUUUUUAAAAGGAAAAAUAGGAUUUAGUUCUUUUAAAUAAAAUAUAUUAAUAAAAUAUGAAUAUACUCUUUAUCCUUCUUGAAGGAGUGCUGAAAGUACAAGUAAA